AUUGCCCGCUCGCAGAUCCCCUCGGGAGCAACAGCCGAGACCUUCUCCGUACCUGCCGGCAGCCACACGCUACCCUCCACCCAACACCAUGGUGCACUGGACAGCCGAAGAGAAGCAGCACAUCACCAGCCUCUGGGGCAAGGUCAAUGUGGCCGACUGUGGCGCUGAGGCCCUGGCCAGGCUGCUGGUCGUCUACCCCUGGACCCAGAGGUUCUUCUCUUCCUUCGGGAACCUCUCCAGUCCCACCGCCAUCCUUGGCAACCCACAGGUCCGUGCCCAUGGCAAGAAAGUGCUCACCUCCUUCGGGGAAGCCGUGAAGAACCUGGACAACAUUAAGGCCACCUUCGCCCAACUGUCCGAGCUGCAUUGCGACAAGCUGCACGUGGACCCCGAGAACUUCAGGCUCCUGGGUGACAUCCUGAUCAUCGUGCUGGCCUCCCACUUCGCCAAGGAGUUCACUCCCGAGUGCCAGGCUGCCUGGCAAAAGCUGGUCGGCGCGGUGGCCCACGCUCUGGCCCGCAAGUACCACUAAAGAGUCAACAGGAAAAGCCCCAGCAGCAUACUCUGGCCGUGUGUCGCGCACCAGCGGGCGCACAGCUCUGGAGAUGACAGCUUCUAACAGCCAAAUAAAGCUCAUCCUGUUAAGUC